CACCUAGCAGAGCCGUACCCACCACAAGGAAAAGGUCAGGAGGGACAGCAGUGAUGGGAAUGGAAUGAAGCAGAAGAUCUAGUCUUGUCGAAUGUGUUGUUAUUAUAAAUGGCACAGCAGGCCUCCCUCAAUCUCUCUGUCCUCGAUGAAGGCGUAGAGUAUCCACUCACCCCUGCUGUCUCUGAGGGACGUUGUCUUAUACACGUUAAACUUACAGAAUCAUGCGCUAAAGCAAUCGACGGCCUCAUUACUAGUAACAAGGGAGCUUUCUUCUCACUGUGGUUCACAGAAAAUGGCGGACAUUUAACUAUGCCAUCAACGAGUGAGGGACUCCACAAGUUCCAGUUCUCAACUGCUCGUUUGGAUAAGGUUGAAACUCACGGGAAGCUAAAGUGUCUUCAUCAGAAUUUAGUGGAAAAGAAACAAUCAGUGGUGUCCUGGAUGGGCCUAGUGGAACACAAGUUGACUGUAAAGGCAACGGACGAGGUUUACGAGGCUACGAAAAAGAGAGCCACAGAAUUGGAGAAGGAGAGACAGGGAGUGAGGGCCAAAGAGAUCAAUAUACCUAAAGUGUCUAAUAAGUCAAAGAUUGUUGGUAGCAGUGUUGUGUCUAGACCAAUGAAGCCAUUAACUGGUAAAGCUUCAGGGACUGAUCCUAAGCAUUCCUCACCUUCAUCACGAGCUCCUAGGACUUUGAGAGAAAGAAUAAUGUACUUACUGGCCAUAAAGUCAAUGAAAAGGACUGACAUUUUAGCUAAACUAAAGAAAGCCACUAAAAGAGGCGAAAACUCGCUAACAAAUUUUGAAUCAGUUUUAAAUGAAGUCUCUGAACUACAUGAUGGAUCUGUGCAUCAUUUGAAAUCCUCCCUGUAUUCUGAACUGGAUGUUGACAAUUGGCCAUUUUAUAGCGAAGCGGAGAGAACGCUUGUUAAAAGAAAGCUAACUGUUAUCCGACAGCCUUCAAGCACAAACAACUCAACAAGUGUAGUCCCUGGCUAUAAAAGACCACACGAAGACUCAUCCAGUCAGUUUGUUAGUAAAAGGAGCAAACUGAACCAGUUUUCCAGUACAAGUGGGCCAGCUAUCAUCACCAGCAGCAGCAGCAGUGCAGUCUUAAGUACAGGGAGCGUUACCAUACCAUCAGAGCAGAGUAGCUUCACAACUACCAGUCUCACUAGUAAAGAUGAAGGGAGUUUCAUGAGUGGCAAACCAAAGGUGGCAGAGAAGUUUAUAAAGACUAGCGAACCGGAUAAACCAGUUCUCGAAACAAGUUCUGAUGUUGGUAGCAGUGCUGGGUUGAUAGUGUCCAGUGGAGUUGGUUCUCAUUCCAGUGCUGGUGGGUAUGGAGGUAGUUCUCAUUCUGAUCCAAUUUCUGCUGCACCUCAAGAUCCCACUCCUCUUUUCUCUGUGUCUGGUAGCAAGGGGAGUGGUAGUCAUAAACAUAAGAAGAAGAAGAAGCAUAAACAUGACAGGAAAGAUCAUUCAUCUGUUACACAAGAUCAUAAUGUGCAUAUUAUUAAUCAUCAAGAUACCAGUAGUACUAAACUAGAUGCAGCAAAUACUUUUGGAAAUUGUUCAGCUCAAGACUUUACAAAGCAAUUUCCUCCUAUCACUGACUCUGAGCAAAGAGCAAAGUACAAGAAAUUUUUUAAUGAGAAAUAUGAGGAGUAUCUUUAUCUCAAAAAGACAAUUGAUGAAGCACACAGUUCAGUCAUUGAACUAUCAAAUCAUUUACAGUCCUUACCAGAAAUGUCUUCACAGGCAAAAGAAGUCAAAUCAAAGAUUAAAAAUAAAUUAUUAGAGAUACAACAAGAUGUGAACUAUCAAAAUCAGAAGUCUCUUCUUUUAAAUCUUCACUACAAACUAGAGCACUUGAAAAAGAUGGUUGUACAAUAUGACUCCACAUAUUACUAAUAAAUACUAUUAUUAUUAUUAUUUUAUUAUUAUUAUUAUUAUUGUAUAAAUCACUAUCUUGUUUACUGAAACUUGUUUUAACCUUUUGGUAUGAAAAAAAACAAGGUGUCAGAAACAGAUUUAUUAUUAACUUAUUGUUAUUAUUGCUGUUGUAAUUGUUAUGUCACUUUAUUCCUUAUUUAAAAUUAUUUUCACCAAUUUUCUGCCACAGUUACCAAAA